AAAUAUUACAUUUGUUACUAAAAAUGAAAAUCAUUUUACUUGCUAUUUCUGCGGCAAGCAUUAUUCAAUGUGUGAGUCUUUCAGCAUUGACUCCUGAACAACUUGAGAAGUUGUCAUCAAAAGGCUACCUUCCCAAUCAAAGUCUAGUUUAUAACUUGUUUCCUGAAUGGACCACGCCUUUGAUUCGUCAAAAUUCGACCAUAAAAUCUAGAUAUAAUUAUUGUUAUGAUCCGUUCAUUACUAAAGAAGAACAAAUUGACCUUUUUGAAGACCGUUUGGAUGAUGCGCUUAACACCUAUUUUACCAUCUAUCUUAAACGAUUUGGACUUGAAACAGUACCGUUUGAGCGCAUAACAAUCUUUCUCUCAAACACUGCCGACUUUUUACGCGAGUUGAAAAAAUGCGUCGACUCUGAAAGUGGCCAAUUCAAUAGACUGGGCAUCAAUCCACAUUUUGUUCUUGACAAAAACGAAUUGGCCAAACUUGAGUUGGACAGUGAUUUCUUGGAAUCACGGAUGAAAUUGGGUAGCAAAGCCUCGUACAGCAACCGCAAUAAAAGCUGCUCUCUGGUGAUGGAGCGUUUUGGCUCGGUGAAGCUGCCUGCCUCCUUCAACUGGGUCGACCACGGCGUGGUCACGCCCAUCAAACACCAGNCUCUGGUGUUGGAGCGUUUUGGCUCGGUGAAGCUGCCUGCCUCCUUCAACUGGGUCGACCACGGCGUGGUCACGCCCAUCAAACACCAGGGCCCGUGUGGAAGUUGCGUCGACUUUGGGACGAUUGCCACGGUGGAGGCGGCCUACCACCUGCAGCUAGGUCGGCCACUGACCAACUUCAGUGAACAAGACGUGGUCAACUGCUUUGCCAACUUUGGACGUGGCGGCUGCUCGGCCAGUUGGGCCGAUGAG